AUGUUAAAAGCAAAGCGCCACGAGUUGUAUUCAUACGAACAGUUGGUUAAGAAACCACACUUCCUUCCGGAACAGAGGUGGAAGAAUUUCAGCACCAUGGACAGCAGCAGGCGACUAGUCCAGGUGAUCAUGGACAUGCAACACGAAAUCAAUCAACUGGAGUCCGAAAACCGAGCACUCCGUGGCGGACUCGGCCAGUCUGCGGUGGGGUCAGUAAAUGAGGACACUUCAUCCCUGUCUUCUGCAUUUCAUCAGAAAGGUGUAGCCGAAGAGAGCGCUGCCCAGUCCAAUUUAAGACGGAAUGUGUCAGCGCCUGCCCUAGAAGGCCCAUUUCGAGAAAAACUUAUAAUGACUGUAAGACGAUAUUCAGUUUCAUCCAAUGCUCCCCCCAAAACCAAGAAAAAACAAACUCUGAGCCAAGUCCUGGAGGAGGUAGAACUGAAGGAGCAAAAUAAUGAACGACUGCAAGGGAACAGCCCUGGAGGUGGGGCACCUGUGUUGACAAAUGUGCUGCAGGAUCAGUCCAGCACAAGGCCUCCCAGCAGCUUAGCAAAGGAAAAGCUCUGCAACAGACGGUCUCUAAAGGAGCACAUUCACAAAAACAGGACAAAAGUGAAAUCUGUCACAUUCCUUCUACCAGUAGAAGAUUCCAGUACUACUGACAACCACCGCCCAACAAAGAACUAACUCCGGGAUCAGAAUUCUGGUGGUGGAAAAGGAUUUGUAGAGGGGGAACGUGACUGACGUUGUGUGUGAUUCUGAUCACUGAAGGCCCCCGUUUUUAUAGGUCAGCUAGA